UUGUCUUCACUCGAGCCAAGAUUUUGCAAUUUUAUUUAUAAUUUGCGUGAAAAUUUCCUCAGAUGUGACAAAAGGGGAGAUGAGGAAAACCGGGACAAGUCAAUCAAAGUCGCCGAGGUAGUAUUUCAGGGGAAAACAAACCGAUGAAAAGCAAUUAUUGAGAAGAAGUAUUUAGUGGCCAAUAAGCAAAUGAAAAUUCUUUGAUUUUUUUUUUACGACUUUUCCCACCCACGGUCAUACAGUAUUUAAGCAGAGGCAUAAAUUGAGUCAAUAGAAUGCUAUUGAGAUAGGAAUUUAAGUGGAAAUUGUUGGGAGAUUUAGAGAAAAAACAGAAAAGUCACAAAUGAGAAAAAUUUUCCGUUGAUCGAAUUCUUGGCGGGAAAUUCCGAUUGAGCGCGAUAAGAGGAAAAUUUUUCGGGAAAGUGGCGAGAAUCGGGAGUGGUGGGCAAGUUUAUAUAAAUAGAGAUCACUUGAGGGAUUGCUUCUUCAGUCAGUGUCUGCCUGUGUACCAUUGUGAAUAAAAUUUGUGAUUGUGCCAUAACCUCAAAGCGGAUUGAGAUGGAAUUUGAUGUGCUCCGGAACGAUGAAUUGGGCCGAUUUGGAGUAGCAGGAAGAGACCUGAAAGCUGGAGACAUUCUUCAUACGGAAACUCCCCUCGUGGUGGGACCAAAACAGGAUUCUCCUGUUGUUUGUCUGGGCUGCAAUAUCUUCCUAGAUGGAACUUCUGCAGGCCCAAGGUGUUCCAAAUGUGGAUGGCCACUGUGUCCGGAUUGUAACAAUUCUGAAGCACCUCUGCAUCGUGGGGAAUGCAGUGUCUUUGUGGAGAAUCAUGUAAAAUUUCAAAAUCUUCCCAGAGAAGCUAUGAUAUGCCUUCAACUGGACUGCAUUGCUCCUCUGAGAUUUUUACUCGCCAAGGAAGCAUACCCUGAUCGCUGGGAGAACGAAGUUAGUCAGAUGGAACAUCAUGAAGAUGCCAGGAGACAAACACCAGCCUGGACAGUCGAUGAUACCAACAUUGUCAAAUAUCUUCGGGGUCCUUGUAAGCUCUCUCGCUUCCCAGAAUCCCUCAUCCAGCAAGUUUGUGGCAUUCUCGAGGUGAACUCCUUUGAGGCUCACACACUCAGUGGGAAUCCCGUGAGGUGUAUCUUUCCCAAAUUAGCCAUCUUUGCGCAUUCCUGUGUGCCAAAUCUCACGCACAGCAUCUCCCUGGAUGGCUCCUUCCAGAUGGUCUGUCGGGCUGCUGUUGACAUUCCCAAGGGCGAGAUGCUCUAUACAACUUAUACCUAUACUCUAACUGGGACCAGAGACCGCCAAAUUCACCUUCGGAAAGGGAAAUUCUUCACUUGCCAUUGCCCAAGAUGUUUGGAUCCCACAGAAUUGGGUACAUACUUCAGUUCCCUGAAAUGUCUCUCUUGUCCAAAUGGAUUCAUCCAGUCAACUGCUCCUCUGGAUGAAGCAGCUCCAUGGAAGUGCAAUUCAUGUGAUACCUCAACUUCUGGACAGAAAAUUCAAGAGAUCAUUUGUACAAUCCAGGAAAGCGUAGAAGCUCUCAAAGAACAACCUGCUUCAAGAAGAAAACUUCUAGACACGGAAAAGCUACACAAGCAUCUCUUGGCUACUUUGCAUCCCAAUCAUUACCUUCAGAUGAGCUUGAGGGAAAUGCUGGUAGAGAUGCUGGGCCACGUUGAAGGAUGUGGCCUCAAUGGUCUUCCUGAAAUUCUCCUUCAGCACAAGAUCCAGAUAAUCCGCGGUCUCCUGGCCAUUCUCAAUACUUUCGAGCCUGGAAUGACUCGAGCCCGUGCCAUGAUGCUCUUUGAACUCCAUGCUCCCGUGGCCGUUCUGGCCAGAAAACUCUUCUUUGGCGGAAAAAUACAGCCCAGUGUGUUUAAGGAGAGACUCCAGGAAGCAGCCGUGGCUGUAUCCGAGGCCUAUGAAAUUCUCAAAUGGGAAGACUGUAGACUUUCAGAAGGACUCCUAGCCACAAUCUGCAAAAACACCCACAAUCAGCUAAUCAAUGACAUUGGGGACAUCCAGGAGGCAUAAAUACCUCAGUUCUUGGGCUUGUUGACACGAUAGAACUUCUUUGAGUCCUUCGUAUGGCGUUUCCGGCCGCCGCGACGACGAUUCUUGGGAUAAUCUCGAGCUAGGUGAUCAACGCCCUGGCAGAAAUUGCAGCUGCCACCGUCCGGAUAAAUACCGUGGGCAUUCUUGGGACAGUACUUCGAAAUGUGACCCUAAGCAAUAAAUUAUGGGAAUUUUCACAGAAUUCGUUUUAUUUCCGCAAUUUUCUCGCCUAAAUAAUCGUCUAACCUUGGUUUUUUGAACAAGUAUUUUUAGAAUUAAGAAUUCCGGGACUUACCAUUUGUUUGCACUUGAAGCAUGUGGCAUAGUCAAAUCUGGGACCUUUGUAGACCGGACAGACAUUGUGUUUGUGGUCAGAACUUCCACAUUUCAGACAGAUGUCUCGUGCUUUCUUAGCGAAAACCUUGCAAUCUUUCAGAAGAUGCCCGAGUUCCCGACAACCCAAGCAUCGUUGUUGGGAUUUUUCUCGAGGAAGUUCUCUUGGGAUUUUCUCCCAUUUGUCAUUGUCGUAUUUUGCCUUCAAUUUAGCCUUGACCUUUUCCAUUUUCUGACCAGAAUCCUCAGAUUUCUUUCUAUUUUUGGACUUUUUCUCUGGUAAAGUAACAUCUUCCCCAGUUUUCUCAAGCUUCCUCUUUAUACCUCUGCAUUUAUCUGAAGAUUGAUCCAGAGAUUGUGGAAUUGUUUCUUCCUCAUUUUCAGAGAGAGCUUCCUUUAUCUUUUGUCCAAAAUCAUCAGCCGUCUUUUUAUUUUUGGGCUUUUUUCUUGAUGAAGUAACAUCUUCCGUUUUUUCAAACUUUUUCUUCUUACCUUUACUUUUCUUUGGAAGAGAAGUAUCCGGAGAUUCUGCGAGUACUUCCUCCUCAUCUUCAGAGAAAGUUUCCCACUUUGUUGCUGAAGAUCUUCCUUGUUCUAUGAGGAAUUUCUUGUAAUUUCGUUCCCUUUCCUUCAUAACCUUCUUCUCAUUCUCAUUUUCUCUCUCUGAUUUCUCAUUGUCACCAUCAGAUAAAUCAUCCAUUUUCAGAACAGCAUCUCCACUCUCCUUUCCAUGCCUCUUGAACACUUUUUUACGCGAAAAAUUCCUCUUGAAUUUCUUUUUAUUUUUAGAAAACAUGAUUUUCCUUCAUGCACUGCACCACGUUGUUUACAAAAUAAAUUUUAUCCAAGACACAUCCACACGUGUUUGGAUAAGCGGCGAAAUCAGCUGAUUGGUCACUGAAUUCAAAUAAGCUAACGGCUGUUUUGGAAAGAUUUUGUUUUUUGAAAAUUUAAUAUAUUUUGGAAUUUUAUUAGUAAAACAUUAACUGAAGAUAGAGAACAUU